AUGUCCGUCACUACCUCUUUUGAAACCUUUCCGCUGACCCUGUCCGCACGCUUUUCUUCCACAGCGGUCUCUGACCUGGAUGUGGAAAGUAAGCUGACGGUCCAUUUCCAAGCUCCCUGGCACCAGCACAGGAACGUUUUCCACCCCUCCACGCGGCCAGCAUGCGUGGAGGAGCUCCACCGGCAAGCCAACUCCAGCGGGUGGCCCCUGGACCAAGGGAAGCCCCCCCCCCCCCCGCCACUCCCACAUUUAGAAAUACCCCAUUCGAACAAGAAAAAAAAAAGAAAAGAAAAAAGAAUUGCUCCUGAUCCACACAGGAGACCGUCGGGCAGCAGGGAGCGAAGGGUGACCAUCUCCUCCCUGCCCCCCAUGCCCAUGUACCCGUCUCCUGAUGUCACCCCGAGGCCAGAAAAGAGGGCCACCAGUCCAACAGCGGCUGCGCCCUCUGACCCCGACUCUGACGGGGUGGCUUUAGGUCACCGGUCUAAGUUUCCCAUCCCUAACAUCCCCUCCACCCUGGACAAGCAGACUAACUGGUCUAAAGCUCUGCCGCUACCCACCCCAGAGGAGAGAAUGAAAAGCAAUUCCCAAGUCAUCACCUCAUGCGUCAUCCCUAUUAAUGUGACCGACUCUGAUCGCAGCAGUUUGGCAAAAUUUCGUGGUCGGUCCCACGCAACGCCAGAGUCAAAGGAGGAAAUCUCUGCAGCCGCCGCCGGCGCCGCCAAACAAAGAUGCCUCACAAAUCCUGUCUCCGUUGCAGGGCUGGGUUUCGACAGAGAUGCUAGUGUGCGCUGCUCGCUGGUCCACUCGCAGUCUCUGCUCCAGCGGAGGCGGAAGCUGAGGAGACGGAGGACGGUGGCCGGCGUUCCCAGACAGGUGCAGCAGGAUCUGGACUCCGACGACUCUCCGGGCUCCAGGGAGCGGACGGUGAUCGUGCACUCGGGUCCGAACGCCACUCCCUCGGGCCAGGAGCUGGCCAGGCAUCUGGGCACCAGGGACUCGGGUUGCCAGACGGAGGAAUUUCUGAUCUCGGGGGCGCCGUCCCGGAGGCGGGUCCGCGUCCACAGGGGCCAGGGGGCGUCCCUCCUGCUGUCGCGCUCGGCGGGCAACAUCUCCUGCCUGCCCGACGGCGCCGGCGCCAUGUUCGCCGCCUCCGUCGGCGCCCGGCUGCGCUCCCGGAGUCUGCCCCGGGACGCCAGCCGGGCGCUGAGCAACGGGCGCAGCGACGAGGAGGACGAGGAGGAGGAGGAGGAGGAGGAGGAGGGGCUGGCCUUUGACGGCGAAAGCUUCCUGCCCGGACGCAGGGAGAGGAUCCGGAAGGACGAGGGGGAGAGCCCGGAGCGCCAGGCCAUGUCCGAGCGGCGGCUGGUCAGCCUGAAGUUCCGGCAGCUGUCGGAGAGGCCGGCGUGCAGCUGGAUGGAGCGCGGCGGCGGCGGCGGCCGGCUCCCCGGGAGGGCCGACGCGGGCAGCUGCGAGAUCUCCUCCAGCUCCGACACCUUCGGCAGCCCCGUCCACUCCGUGUCGGCCGGCGGCGGGGUGCUGGGCGGCCAGCUGGACCCCAAGGAGGACCACCAGUCGUCCAGCGGGAACUGGAGCGGGAGCAGCUCCACCUGCCCCUCCCAGACCUCCGAGACCAUCCCCCCGGCCGCCUCCCCGCCCCUGACCGGCUCCUCCCACUGCGACUCCGAGCUGUCCCUGAACGCCGCCUCCCACGCCGCCGACGACCCCGCCGGCUUCGCGCUUGACCACUACCAGGGCCUCCGGACCCAGCGGGCCGGCUCCUUCUCCUCCACGGCCAUGGACAUACUGGAGGAGGCCGGGGCCUGCACGCCGGCGGAGGGGGAGUGGGGCGGCUACCCCCGGCCGGACCCUUCCUCCCGCCCGCUGGACUUCAGCCCCGAGCCCGGCAGGGAGGCGGACAGCAGCCUGGGCUGCCCCAGCUUCGCCAGCAUGGCCACCUGCGAGAGCAGCUUCUCCGACAAGCCGCCCUCGGAGAAGGCGGACAGCGUGUCGCACUACUCGGUGGACACGGAGGGCUACUACACCUCCAUGCACUUUGACUGCGGCCUGAAGGGCAGCAGGAGCUUCCCCUACGGCUGCGCGGCCGCCGCCGGCCCCGACUGCGACCUGACCGCCCACCUGACCCUGGGGAGGCGCUGCCUCUCCCUGAGAAAGCCAAAGGCCAAGCCCUCGCCGCCCAAGAGGAGCUCCUCCCUGAGGAAGAUCUGCAGCGAGGGAAGCAUCCCCGACAAGAAGGAGCCAAAGAUUUCCUGCGGCCAGACGCUGCCGCUGACCUACAGGGAGAGGAGGCUGCAGCUGGCCCUGGCCAGAGAGUCGGGGGCAGCCUGGGGGGCGAGGGGCGCCGGCGACCUGAGCGAUCUGGGCGUGUUCGGCCUCACGGACGGGCGCUCCUUCAAGGAGGAGGGCGCCGUGCAGGCGGACUACUCCGACCUGUGGCUGCUCAACGACUUCAGGUCCGGCGACCCCUACCGGUCACUCUCCAACUCCAGCACGGCCACCGGCACCACCGUGGUGGAGUGCGUCCGCUCGCAGGAGAGCUCCGAGUCCCAGGCGUCGCGCUCCGGAUCCGGGUCCGGGUCCGGAUCCGGAUCCGGAAACACCACCCCCUCCCUCCCGUCGGCCGAGGGCGACUUCAAGCUGACCUCCCCAGAGAGGCUGGCCGGCCUGGCCAGCCCCUCCAGCGGCUACUCCAGCCAGUCGGAGACGCCCACCUCCUCUUUCCCCGCCGCCUUCUUCCCGGGACCGGCGUCCCCGGCGAGCGGGAAGAGGAAGCCCAAGGUCCCGGAGAGGAAGUCCUCGCUCUCCUCGCUGUCCCUUCAGUCCCACUCCUGUAGGGACGGCGCCACGUCCAAGAGAGACCUGGAGCUGCCCGUGGUCCCCCCUUCCCACCUGGACUUAAGCGUCCUCCACGCCGUGAACGACAAACAGGCCGGUCAGGGGACCUGGAACCGACAGGACAACAAACCGGCGUCCGACCCCCACCCUCUGUCCAUCACGCCCUCGGUGCUGCACUCGGUCCAGCUCCGGCCGGUCGGCAAAGAUCCCAAAGAGGUCCGCGGCGUCCCCUCAGAGCUCAAACGCCCCCCCCCGCUGCUCAGCCCCCCCGAGCCCGCCGAGGAGGAAUCAGGCGGCGAGCCGAGGAGCGAGGGGAGGGAGCCGCCGGACAGAGGAGACGCCACCUCCGAACUUUUCUCUAACCAGAAAGUCGCCGCCCUCCCCGAGAGCCCCCCCGGUCAGGAGGAGGAGCAGCCCAUAGGGCCGGAGUCCGGCCCACAAGUGGAGCCACCCGCUGACCGGACAGAGGAAGAAACGGCCCUGCCUCCUCCAGCUCUGCACAGCUCGCCCCGGAGGAACGCCAGUCCCGUUUCCGGGACCGGCUAUCAGCCAGAGACGAAUCAAGAGAGCUCAAUCUGCGAGGGGGAGAGCGAUUCGUCGGGGGUCUCGGCGGAAAGCGCCUCACAGGACAGCAAAGCCGAGUCCCCCGCAGAGACAGACUCCAGCCCCAGCGACCAUUCCACGUCCCCGCCGCACGAUGAGUCCAGACCAGAGGAGGACAGCGUCUUUCUGUCGCCCAGCAAGUCCCGCACCACCGAGGACCUGUUCGCCAUGAUCCACAGGUCCAAAAGGAAGUUGCUGGGUAGGAAGGACUCCUCUGAGCUGGGCGUGAAGAGCCGUCUGGGAGCCGUGUCUGGAACCCCCCCCCCCGGCAGCGUGGGGAGCUCCCCGGUGCCCCAGGCGCCGCCCCCCAGCGCCGCGACCCCGCCCCCCGGCGCCGCGACCCCGCCGCCGGGGGGCGCCCACCGGUCCCCCGGCGCCAUCUACCGGAGCGCCAGGAAGUCCAGCACGUCCAGCGAGGAGUUCAAGCUGCUGCUGCUGAGGAAGGGCAGCCGCUCGGACUCCAGCUACCGCAUGUCGGCCACCGAGAUCCUCCGGAGCCCCGCGGGCCCCCGGUCGCCCGGGGAACCCCUGACCGAGUCGCCCAGGCAACCGGAGGAGCCCGCCUCCCCUCUGGGGGGGGGGCAGGAGCAGCCCUCCAGCCCCUAUCCCAAAGCCAACGCCAACGCCAACGAGAGCUUCUCCCCCAAAUCCUUCCAGGGGUCAGCGGCCUCCAGGCAGGGCCGGCCCCGGAUCCCCCCCCCCGCCAACAGCAGCCGCUACAGCGCCCGCAGCCGGCUGUACUCGGCCCCCAUGCAGGCCAUCUCCGAGGGGGAGACGGAGAACUCGGACGGGAGCCCCCACGACGACCGCUCGUCUCAGGGCUCCGUGUAG